AUGUACAAAAGCCAGUUUCUGGAACUUCGGCAAAGACUAUUGUAUGCUGAAAAGGAAAAUAAAAGAAGAUCACAAGAACUGAGCAAUGCCCUAGAUGAAAUUAAACGUGUAGUUGCAAGAAGAAUGAACUUGACAUCAAAUCAUACAGAUGAUAUGAAGUGGAAAGUGUUAAACCUCACCAGAAAACUCCCCGUGCACAUUACAAACAUGUACUACUAUCUACCUCACCUUCGAGAAUAUGAAGAUGCCAUUUUCCCAAAUGUUAUUUUUGGGCAACAGAGAACUGGAGUCUCACUGGUGAUGGGUAUUCCUACUGUGAAAAGGGAAAAACGAGAUUAUCUUAUUAAUACACUGCAUUCCCUACUUUCUGAACUUUCUGAAGAGCAAAAGAACGACUGUGUAAUAAUCGUCUUUGUAGCAGAGGUGAAUGCAGAAUAUGUUAACAGUGUUGCAGAAAGCGUUAAAACCAGCUUCCCCAGAGAAAUCCAGUCUGGAGUCCUAGAGGUUAUUUCUCCUCCUGCUUCUUAUUAUCCAGAUCUUUCCAACCUGAAGAAAACAUUUGGGGAUUCGGAGGACAGAGUAAGGUGGAGAACUAAACAGAAUUUGGAUUAUAGCUUUUUAAUGCUAUAUGCCCAACCUAAGGGAACACUUUAUUUACAGCUGGAAGAUGAUAUUAUAGCCAAACCUGAUUAUGUUCAAAGUAUAAAAGACUUUGCUGCUAAACAGUCCCAAGAGUGGAUGAUUCUCGAGUUCUCCCAACUUGGAUUUAUUGGAAAAUUGUUUAAAUCAGAAGACCUGCCACUCAUAGUGGAAUUUUUUCUCAUGUUCUAUAAAGAUAAGCCCAUAGACUGGCUUAUAGACCACCUGCUCUGGGUUAAAGUGUGCAAUCCAGAAAAGGAUGCA